AGAUUCCGCGGCAAUCAACAGUCGCAACGAUUGUAGAAUAAAUCGACUUGGAGAGAGAGGGGGGAGGGAGAGAGAAGAGAGAGACCGGCGAUGGCGGGUUCGGAGACGGAGAAGCCGCUGAGGAAGAUCGCCGAUGCGUUCAAGGAACUUGCCUCCGCCGUGAAUUCGCCGAGACCUGAAGUACAAGUGGCGCAGUUCUCGCACGCUUGCUCUCUUGUCUCGCCUCUCUUCGGUUGCCUUGGUAUCGCCUUCAAGUUCGCCGAGAUGGAGUACGUUGCGAAGGUUGAUGAUCUUGUCGAGGCAUCAAAGUCAAUAUCAACAUUGCAAGUAAUGCUUGACAAGGACAUUGAGACAAACACUGUCAAGAAAGCGGGUGGUCACACGAGAAACCUCUUGAGGGUAAAGCGUGGGAUCGACAUGGUCAAGGUUCUCUUUGAGCAGAUUAUUGCUACCGAAGGUAACUCUUUAAAGGAUGCUGCUUCCAAGGCUUAUGCGCAAGUGUUUGCGCCCCACCACGGGUGGGUUAUACGGAAAGCCGUUGCUGCAGGGAUGUAUGCUCUUCCCACGAGAGCUCAGCUUCUGAAGAAGCUCAACGAGGAUGAGACAUCAGCUAAGAUACAGAUGCAAAGCUAUGUGACGGCAUCGGCACCAGUAAUCACAUACAUUGAUAAACUGUUCGUCUCCAACAAAUUGGGUAUAGAUUGGUGAAGAACCUCCCGACUCAGCCGCAGAACCGAUUAUUAUUCAUCAUAUCAUUAUUGUACUUAUUCUGAACGGUCUUUUACAAAGAUGUCCUGUCCUUGAAUCCAUGUGCUAUUUCCUGAUGUUUCAGAGACCAAAAUAAAAGCCCUUCGUUAUAUUUCGAGCCACA